AUGUCGGCCAUAUGGACUUUUCAGACACACGCACGGCGUCGCCGGCGUCGUGCGCUCAAAGCCGAGGCAGCGUCGCACAUUGACGAAGCCGACUUGCACUUGAUACCUGAUGCUACGAUGCUGACGCAGGCCAAGCUUGAUGAGGCGAAGCACACGUCUCGCAAGGAGUUUGACGACUCGUUGAUUCGUGAGCAGCUCAGCCGUAACUACAGUUUCCUUGGCGAAGAAGGUAUGCAGGCCAUCCGCGACAGCUUUGUCGUGGUCGUGGGUGCCGGCGGCGUGGGAAGCUGGGCUUCUCUUAUGCUCCUGCGCUCCGGUGUAGGCAAACUGCGCCUGAUUGACUUUGAUCAAGUGUCCUUAUCUUCUCUCAACCGACAUGCAUGUGCGACGCUCGCCGAUGUCGGUCGGCCUAAAGUAGUUUGUUGCGCGCAGUUUUUCCAGAGCAUUGCGCCAUGGGCCGAGGUCGAGGCAUGUGUCGAUUUGUUCCGGGAAAGCGAGGCGGAUCGACUGUUGGCCGGUCGUCCUACGUAUGUGAUUGAUGCCAUCGACAACUUGGAUACCAAAGUGGAACUGCUCAAGUACUGUGCGCAGCACAAUCUCAAAGUAUUCUCAUCUAUGGGCGCAGGCGCUAAGGCGGACCCCAGCCGCAUUCAGGUGAGCGAUAUCUCUGCCACUGUGGAAGACCCGCUAGCGCGUGUGGUCCGCCGUGAAUUGCGUGCAGCUGGCGUGCCGACGCUGCCAGCCGUGGGCAGCGAGGCGGCCAAAGCGCGUGCGAAGGGCGAGACUGGUGCGGACGAUGCGAGUGUCAUGAUUCCCUGCGUAUACUCGACGGAAAAGUCGGACACGCAUCUGCUUCCCCUCCCUGAUGAAGAGUUUGAGAAAGGACCCGUCUCAGAACUCGCCGCUUUCGAGGAUUUCCGAGUGCGGAUUCUACCUGUGCUCGGACCUUUGCCGGCGAUGUUUGGUCUAGCUGCAGCUACCUACAUUCUCUGUGACUUGGCACACUACAAAAUCGAGCCGUUGGCCGUCAAAGGCCGCCGCAAACUGUACGAAAAACUGUUCGCCGACUUGAACGUGACAGAGUCACGCUACCCAUCGCCGCCCGUCGACAUUCACAACGCCUCGCAGGCGCACAAGCGCACACUUACAGAAGCGGAUAUUCCGCCCACAUACCAUGCCGCGAACAACAAAGACGGACCCCCGCCCAAAGUGCGCAUCCCAUUCAGCGUCAAUGACAUUGCUUAUCUUUUUGAAGAGGUAUUCCGCGGCCGCUCUGUCGUCCCACCAUUCGAUACACUCGCAACGGGUCAGCUGCAGCGUUGGGACCCUACCAAGCCCCUGGACUACGACAACGUAGUCCUCUUUUCGCGCCCGCAAGCCCGCGAGCAUGAACAGUACGUCCUAAAGACAGGAGACGAUCCAGUAUCGUACUGGGGCCCGCGUGUAGCCGAUCGUGUGCGUGAACGGUUUGCCGAGGAGCGCCGUAUGUCGCAUUGGCGCUAG